AUGGGUGGUGGCUACACGGCUGCUGUCAGGGACCAGUACAUCAACGCCCCCAUGAACACCCCCUACCAGCUGCUACCUCACCUCUUUAGCUACGCUGCCCAGUCAGGCCUGCUGGCCCCCCAGCCCCGCAGCCUCUACCCCCAGUCACACCCCCUGGUGAUGCAGCUUGUGGCUGCAGAGGACCUGGCCCCACUGGCCACCCCCAUGCUGAUAGAGGACGGGUACAAGGUGACUCAGGUGGAGUUGUUUGCGCUGCUGUGUCGUCUGGCCGACGAGUUGCUGUUUCGUCAGAUCUCGUGGAUCAAGAAGCUGCCGUUCUUCUGUGAGCUGUCUAUUGAGGACUACACCUGUUUACUCAGCUCUACCUGGCAGGAGCUGAUCCUGCUGUCCUGCCUCACCAUCUACAGUGCACAGAUCUUUGGAGACCUGGCCGAUGUCACCGCCAAGUACACUCCCUCUGAUGAGGAGCUGCAGGGGUUCAGUGAGGAUAGCAUGGAGUUGAUGGAGAGGCUGAUCUAUCUGUUCCGCAAGUUCCACCAGUUGAAGGUCAGCAACGAGGAGUACGCCUGCAUGAAAGCCAUCAACUUCUUGAACCAGGAUAUCCGCGGUCUGACUAACGUCUCCCAGUUGGAGCAACUGAACAAGCGCUACUGGUACGUGUGUCAGGACUACACCGAGUACAAGUACCCUCACCAGCCCAAACGCUUCCCUGAGAUCAUGAUGUGUCUGCCAGAGAUCCGUUUCAUGGCAGGGAAACUGGUGAACGUUCCCCUGGAACAGCUCCCCCUCUUGUUUAAAGCAGUUUUGCACUCCUGCAAAUCCAGCUUCAUCAGCAACAGGACAGGAAGUUCUCCCUGUAUGCCUACUACUGCUACCUCCCCCGGGAACUGAGCCCCGCACCCUGGCCCCAGGACCGCCCUUUGACAAGAAUCUUACCUGGGGGGUGGGGCCAGGGACUGGUCCCCCUUCCUGUGAAUGUGACAAGCAAUUUUUGUUCUCUAUAUAUUUAUUACACGACAGAGCUGAAUGUAUGCUGAUUUACGCUGUGCACAUGCUUCUGUACAAACUAAAUGCACAUAGAUGCAUUGGUCUUUGGAGUUUACAAAUAUGUAUCCGAUUGCUCAACGUGUCGGUGUUGCCAUUGUUAGAACUAGAUUUUUAAGAUUGAUUUGAUUCGGAAUGGGGACGGGUAUAUAUGAGUUGACAAGUGUUUUGAGACUACCUCAGGAAGAUGAUGUUGCUAUUUUCAGGUACCUUUUUCUUGCUGUUUUGAAAUGAAGAGGUUGCCCGGUCUAAAUCAAAUCCCUGUAAAUGCUGUAAACUCCUGAAUCAUAGAUGAUAAGUCGGCCUUUACCAUGACAUUGACCAAAGGCAUUGCUGCAUAUUCAUUUGAACCAAAGAUAGAAAAGCAUUCAACCCUGCAAUCAACAAAUGAAUGUCUUGAAUUUCCCACUAGUUCUGGUGUAUUUUCUCACUUCUUGUAGUAUUUUUGUACACUAUUUCAUACAAUCCACAAACAGACAUCCUGUAGGGAUGGCCUGGUCAAUGUAACAUUCCUUGUCUUUCACUGAGGUGAAAUUUUGUUGGAUUGUGGGAUCUUCAUAGAAAACAAGCAUACGGGUAUUUCCUACAAUCAUAGACUGCAGAGCAAAUUUAGUUGCAUAGUUGCAGGGGUAGGGGAAAUUUGUUAUUAGCUUGAAUGAGAAUUUCUUUUGACCAAAGUGAUAUGCAAAGUUUUUUAAGCAGCACCCAUAGAUUAGUGAUUAGUCGAUAGCUCAGUGUAAUGAUUUCUUAUCAAUGAAGGACCAGGAUAAGAAAUGAAUCAAUCUGUUUAAGAGCCAGAGGGGAGACCCUCAGACAGACAGUGUAGCUCGUUCUUAUCCUAACCCCUAGGCUGAGACACCACAAACAAUGGCUCCACUCUCUUCUCUCCUAGUCCCUGUUGCACCCAUCUAUUCCUUCAGACAUACAACCCAUCUUGGCUUUCAGCCAUCCACUGGUACUUCCUUGCCCAAACCUGAGCCUCUGCACAUGCUCACUGGGUUGAUGGUCCGAUCUGCACAGUUAGGCUACAAGGAAAUGCUGGCUUGUUCAUUUGUACUACUACAUUUGUAGACAGUGUUGGGUUUAGAAUGCUCAGGUGACUAUAUUUUGACUGCAACAGAGGAGAGAUGGAGGAGACAUUAGAGGCAUGUCUAUUAAUCUGGUCUGGGUUGACAGACUAGAGGUUACUUCUGGCUUGCACACAUUGUUUAAAAAAGCUAUAUAAAGAAAUAGGUUCUUUAUUUAUGAAGUAUGAGAUGAUCAUUUCAACCAGCCGUUAGCUGUUUCAUAACAACCAUUGUUUAAAAUGUGGAGCAAUGCAGUCCUUGCAACGACUCUUUUAUGCAUGCUGUGGUGAGGCAGGAGACAUUCUUUGACUAUUACCAUGGCAAAGUGCCCACCCCGAAUUCUCCUCUCUCUCAGGUCCUUGUGGACCGGUAUUUAAACAGGGUAAAGUGAGUGUUAUGUAUUGCAUUCAUGAGUUACUCAGUGAUCACUAUGCUGAUGUACUUGUAGGAUUUUUAAUUGUAGAAUUCUGGACAUUGUAGGUCCUUUUAGAAACUGUUUCAUUUUUCAU